AUGGCUAUCAGCUUAGCGGCGGCGCCAUUUGCUGGCCACAGGGCUACGGAGCGAGGGCGAAUGCCACAAGCCAUAGGCCACCGUGGCUAUAACGCUGUUUUCCCGGAGAACACGAUGGCGGCAUUUCGGGGUGCUGUCGAAGUCGGCGCCCAUGCUAUCGAAGCCGAUCUGCAUUUAUCCAAGGACGGAGUCAUAGUCUUGUCUCAUGAUGCCACAUUGAAGCGGUGCUACGGCUUGGCCGAGAGGGUUUCAGCAUGCGACUGGGCACAAUUGAGCAAGCUACGUACGUUGCGCGAGCCAAAACAGCCAGUAGCUCGCUUAGUUGACCUGCUCGAAUACCUUGCCCAGCCUGCACAGGCGCAUAUAUGGCUUCUCCUCGACCUCAAAAUGCACGAUAAUUCAACCGACAUGUUGAGCCAUCUGGUGACACUUCUUGCCUCCAUCCCGUCGGAGCCACCCUGGCAUCAGCGGAUUGUGCUCGGCCCUUGGAACGCCGAAUGGGUGGCAGCAUGUAUAAGAUUUCUCCCAGAUUUCCCAAUCACACUCAUCGCCUACUUACCCGCUUACGCCUCCGCCAUGUUACCCUUCCCUAACCUCAACUUUAACUUAUACAAUUAUUCCUUUGCCACGCCUAGCGGUUCACGCUUUAGAAACCAGGCCAAAGAACACAAUCGCCUGGUGUUUUCCUGGUCUGACAAUGAGGAGGAAUGGAUGGCAGCUAGCAUUCACAACGAAGUAGACGGCGUCAUCACGGAUGACCCCAAGCGCUUUCUAGAACUGUGUGACCAAUGGUCCUUGGAGGAUGUAAGAGAGAGAGCUAGCAAGGGGACUAUAAAACAGACCAUUCUGUGGCUAAUUAUCAAUGGGUUGAAUUCGUUCGCAGGAAUGAUAUCACGGUUGGUGCAAGGUUCGCCUGAGAGUCGGGUAAAGGAAGUGCUCGCAUUUGAGCUGUAG